CGUGUGGGUCAGCCUGAAGCUCUAUUUACUUCUAAUAACAGCAGGCGAAAUUAGAGCAGUGUGACGAAUAUUUAAAAAGACUGCUUCACCUUCAUCCGUAGAGAAAACAGACCUCUUUCUGCAAUCACUAGACACCUUUUCUACUCAUCCCGACCAAUUCUUUAAUGGGAGAGAUGAAAGACAGUCAUACUGUCCCAGCUUUUGUCAGCAAACUUUGGACACUUGUCGAUGCUCAUUCAAUGAAUGACCUUAUUUGCUGGAGCCAAGAUGGCUGUAGUUUUCUUGUCCAGGAUGAGCUGCGGUUCAGCAAGGAAGUCCUGCCCCUCUACUUCAAACACAACAACAUGACCAGCUUUGUGCGGCAGCUGAACAUGUAUGGCUUUCACAAGGUGGUGCAUGUGGAUGCUGGCUUGCCCAGAGCUAAUGGGCAGGUUGAUCGUGUGGAGUUUCAACAUGAGAACUUCCGGAAAGCUCAACCUCAUCUGUUGGGCCUCAUCCGCAGGAGGGUCUCAGUAAGCCGUGGAAUAGAAGAGGGAGGGCAGGUUUCUCAGGUACUCGUUCAGGUUAGUCAUGUCAGAGGCUGGCAAGACUCCUCAGACAUCAAACUCAUGGCUUUGUGCAGGGAUAAUGAGCGCUUGUGGAGAGAGCUGGACUUCUUAAGACAGCAAUAUCAGCAGCAGCACAAAAUCAUACGCAAGAUUAUAAAGUUCAUCAUCAACAGCGUCCAGUCAAAUGGGCUCAAAGGCUGCAAAAGGAGACUCCCCAUGAUUGACAGUUCUGGGGAAUUUCAGUCCGCGCCAAAAUAUGCCCGUUCAUUCAAUGUGAAUUCCACCCUAAACGUCUCCCUCCAAGAGAUCCCUCCUUUGCAAGAGCUGGAUGUGCCACCUGCAGAUGUAUUUUCAAAUGGAAUGGUCAUCUCCGAUAUCACCCACCUGAGGGAUUCUACAUCUGAGCCUGCCAGAGAGCCAGUGUCAGAAAGCCUCCCCACCCUUCUCUCCUUAUCCCCUGCCUCUCCUGCUCUACCCUCUAUGGAGCUGGCUUUUUCUUUGCUUGAUGAACCUGCUGCCCAGGACUCUGAGGAAUUACCCUUGGAGAGAAAUGAUGUCUCUGAUCCACUGGCUCUUAUUGACUUCAGUUUAGAAGCUAUCCGCUCCUGUGAUUCACCUUCACCAGACCUGGAAAGUUUUAGCAAGCUGCUUAGUCCUAGUUGCCACAUCUCUGCAGGUAAAGACUCAGAAGAUACAGAAACUGAAAGGAGAAACAGAGCCCAGAAUGGAACCGACAUGCUAUCUCACACUGACACAGUUCUAAAACAGAAGUCCAUGCAGCAAGACUCAGGACUGGAUCAGGAGAACUAUGAUGGUGGAGAAUGCUCUGAUUUCUUACCAUCCCUGCUGCAGUUGGCACAGGAAGCAUCCAGUCUCUCCUUUAGUACUGCUACACUGCCUUUAGAGCUCUCAUUUGUCAUUUAAACCUCAGAUGCAUGGACUGUGGAUCACUUACAAACUACCUAGUAACAGCAGAGAGUGAUUCAAAGUGAGACUUUCAUAAAUUAGGUGAUACUGUGAAAUGGUAUCUGCAAAAGUCUGAUCAAGAGUUGAUAGGUUUCCUAUUUGAUGAUGGGCUGCUGGUUUAAAUCAGAAGUUAGCAUUUGUGUGGGAGCUGCUGAGAAAUUUUUUCCUCUGGUGGUUGACAAUAUGAGAGAGGUUUUGUGGAUUAAGUGUGCUGCAUACUGAAACCCAACUUUAAACUUCUAAUGAGUAACUGAGCAUCUAUGAACUUCUCUUUGAUUUGGCACACUGAAUUCUGCAUGUGCUCUUUAUACGUAUUUCCAACUAAAGUGGAUGAAAUGCUAUAGAUGCAUCACAGACAUAGAUUAAGAAUAUAUGUACUGUAUAUAGCACUAAAACUUUGGAAAUAUUACAUUGUGAAAUCAUGUACAAGAAAUGAAUAUGAGAUUUGUAAUGUUAUUAAAAAUGACAUGGCUCUGUAUAUAUCCUAAUUAAAAAACAGUUCAUCACUAAUACA